CACCCAGGACAGCCUCGACGAGCCCAUCCAUCUUCAGUACCUUCAUCAUGGCCAGCACUGCUCCCGUCGCCUCCACCAGCAAGGGCCCCAUCGAGCCGCAGACGGUCCUCUACUGCGCGAUCUGCUCUUAUCCGCCCGAGUACUGCGAGUUCAACUCGAAGAAGGCCAAGUGCAAGGCCUGGCUCGAAUCGGCCCACCCGGCCCUGCACGCCAAGUACUACUCGGAGAGCGCUCUCGAGGACAAGCUCGCCAACUUGACGGUCGAGCAGCGCGCGGCACUUGACAAGGACCUGGCCAAGAAGGAGAAGAAGGAGGAGCAAAAGGCCGAGAAGGAGAAGGCCAAGCAGGCGUCGGCCAAGAUUAUCCUCAAGCGCAUGGAGCGCAACAAGAAGAAGUACGUCACGUCGGUCCAGGGCCUGCACCACUUCAACGUCGACCUCAAGAAGGCGGCCAAGCUCUUUGCCAACAAGUUUGGCGCCGGCGCGACCGUGAGCAAGACGCCCCAGGGCGACGAGGAGAUCUUGAUCCAGGGCGACACGAGUGCCGAUGUCGAAGAGAUGCUCCUCAACCAGGAGGACAAGAAGCUCGUCGCCGUGUUCGGCGGCAAGAUCUCGGACAACCAGAUCUCGACCGUCAUCGAGCAGCCCAAGAAGAAGACGGCCGCAUCCGAGGCGGCGGCCGCAGCGGCUCUCGUUCCGGCGCAGUAGAGCCAGCCUCUCGAGGAGCGUGCAGACGAGCGAGAACGAGACUUUAUUGGACAAC